AUAAGAAGAAAAAUGGCCGAAAUAUCCACCUCCACAAUUCAAAUCACUGACCUCCCCACCAAAUCCGUAACUAUCACUCCCCAACGAGCGACCAUCGUUCGCGAAAUCCACACUACAAUCCAGAAGACAGGCCAACACACACUCACAAUCACCGGUCUCGACCCGCGAGUCGACACGGACUCGAUCCUAAUCGAAGGAACAGGCACGGCGACAAUAACCGACAUCCAAACGUCGAUAGUCCCCCGACGGGACAAAUUCGAGGAUGUCUAUCCGGUCGAAUCAGACUCAGAGGAAGACUCAGUAGAACCCGAGACAGCAGAUUCAAACUCCGAUAACUUCCUUGACAAUGACGAUCCCGAGUUAAAGGCUAUUUCGAAGUCAAUAGCGGAAGUGGAGGCGCGACUUGCGCAGGCGCAACAUGAACAGGCGAUGGCGGUUUCCGUUCGGGAGAUUCUGGAUGACUAUGCAAAGAAAAUGGACCCUGGGAGUGUGAACGCGAAGACAUUAGAGGGGUUUUUGGGGCUUUAUACACGGCAGCGCGUGGAGGGGCUUCAGAGGUAUCAUCAGGCUGGGGUGGAGGUUGGGGAGGGGGAGAAGGAGCUUGCGAGGCUGGUAAAGAGACAGGGGCAGGUUGAGGGACGAUUGAAGAGGGCUAGGGAGGUUGCGUCGAAGAAGGAGCGGAGGGAGAAGGAGAAGAAGGCUAUAGAGCGGGCGAGGAAGACUGAACAGCGGAAGAUGGAGAGGGAGGAGAGGCUCAAGUUCUGGACGGUGCGGGUUGGGCAGGUGGUUGUGGAUUUGGAUAGUCAGGCCGGGUUCACGCCGGGGUCUAGUCGACGCGGUUCUGUUGUUGAACGGGUGUCGGGUGGUGAGAUGUCGUCGUCGUCGGCGGCGGCGGUGGAGCCGGUUGAUGUCAAGUUGUGUCUGAGUUAUGUUGUGCCCGGGGUGAGCUGGAGUUCGCGCUAUGAGCUGCGGAUUAACACGCCUUCGUCGUCGGCGAGAAUGGCUUAUCGAGCUGAGUUUCGGAACUCGAGCUCUGAGACGUGGACGGAUGCGCGGGUGACGCUCUCGACGUCGCAGGCUUCGUUUUCCGGGCUGGAACAGCGGAUUCCGUCGUUGCAUCCUUGGCAUAUUAAGUUGUUGGAUGCGGUUCAGGAGAAUCAGGAGCAUCCCUCUUGGGAAAAGAUUUUGUUGGGUGGUUAUGCGAAUCGGCCUGCAUUUUUCCGCGCACGGGUCAAAAACACCUCUUCGUUGAGAAUUAUUCGUGGAAGAGUGGGCUUGACUGUUGAUGGAACGUUCCUCGGCACGGCCACGAUCCCCAACUGUGCGCCGGGCGAUUUCUUCAACGUCUCCUUGGGCGUUGAUCCCUCGAUCCUGGUGACCUAUGGUAAGCCGACCGUGCGACGCUUGAAUACCGGGUUCUUCACCGGACAUGCCGGAGCUGUGUUCCGGCGUACGUGCUGGAUCAAGAAUACAAAGGGUGUGGCGGUGGAUAUCACUGUACUGGACCAGGUGCCUGUAAGCGAGGAUAAGGAGCUCCAGGUAGAGAUGUUAGAGCCAAAGGGGUUGCACGAGAAGGGUAAUGAAGUGAAGCUGGACAUGGAAGCGAGCCAUGGAAGUGGAAAGGCUAUUAUGGAGAAGAAGGGAGAGGUUAAAUGGGUGAUACACUUAGAACCGGGGAAGGACGUGCGGGUGGCAUUGGAGUACGGGACAAAGGCGCCGAGAGGGAGCGAGGUGGACACUGCAUGA